AAUGUUGCUGACAUUUUGUUUGACGUGUUUCUCAAUUCUUCUCCUUUUCACUUUUCGCCUGUGUGCGGCUGGGAGGUUAGGAUGGCGAAUGUUCCAGCGAGGGAAGUUAUGAGCACCGCCGAAGAUUUAGCGGACCAGGUGCUCCGCAAAGGCAAGCAUGUGCUACCGCACCUGGCCCGCUUCUGCCUGGUGAGCACCUUCCUGGAGGACGGCUGCCGGAUGUGGUACCAGUGGGGGGACCAGCGGGACUACAUGAACCACUCGUGGGGCUGCGGCUGGUUCCUGGCCACCCUGUUCGUGUUCAUCAACCUCGUCGGGCAGCUGGGCGGAUCCAUUGCAGUGCUCGCGCGCUUCCAGGUGGCUCCUGCCUGUGGCCUGCUCUUCUUCAUCGUCGUGCUUCAGACAUUUGCCUACAGCAUAUUGUGGGAUCUGGGCUUCCUGCUUAGGAGCGUGUCCCUGAUGGGAGCCCUCCUCCUGCUGGUCGCUGAGAGCCGGGUGGAGGCCAAGAGCCUGUUUGCGGGCGUCCCGUCCCUGGGCGAGAACAAGCCCAAGUCUUACAUGCAGCUCACGGGGCGCAUCCUGCUGGUCUUUAUGUUCAUCACCAUGCUGCGCCUGGAGCUGUCCCUCUUCCAAAUCCUUCAGAACCUAGUGGCCACGGCCCUGAUGGUCCUGGUCACGGUGGGCUACAAGACCAAGCUGUGCGCCCUGGGGCUGGUGCUGUGGCUUACGGCGGUCAACGUGUACUUUAACGCCUGGUGGACAGUCGAGUCGUACAAACCCAUGCGAGACUUCCUCAAGUACGACUUCUUCCAGGCCAUGUCGGUCAUCGGAGGCCUGCUCAUGGUCGUGUCCCUCGGGCCGGGUGGAGUUUCGCUGGACGAGCACAAGAAGCACUGGUAGCCUCCCGCCGUCCGUUUGUCCGCACUCUCCAAGAAGAAAAGGAAUGCGCGAGAGGUUGGGAGGGGGGGUUGCUCGUCAUGUGUUGGACGGCAUGCCGAACAAGAUUUUGUUUUUCUUCGCAAAGGCUGAUCUGUUGGAUCGAGGUUUCGUACGAUUCGUGGGCUUCAUUUGUCCGUAUUAUAUGCCCCAUUCACACGACCGGCGUAAAGGUGCCUUUAGCAAAGGUAGGUAGGUCCCUUUGCCAUCGGCAAAUCAGCCCAUGCUCUUGGGUUGCGGUUACAUGGCACACGCAUAGGAUCACAAACUGAUUCGUCGCUGACCAUAAAAGUCCCUUAGCCGAAGGCACCUUUAUUAGUUUGUAAAUAGGGCAUUACUUUGUUCCUUUUUCUUAUUUGCCUGUAUAAAAGGAAAUUGAUGGUAAAACAGUAAAAAAUUAUGUGAUUUUUUUUUUUUUACUGUCAUUUUGCUGUUUAUCUUUGCAUUUUUCGUUUUUGAAGAGACGAGAAAGUGGGACAUAAAAUACAAAUAUGUUUUUUAUAUAUGUAUGUCAAGAAAGAGAAAAUUUGCAUGGACGCGUAUGUUUGGUUUUUCUUGUUAAAGAUUCUGCAUAAUUCAUUCAUUAAAGGGGAGUGUGGAAGUGCAUAGUUGGGGCAAACUUUGUCAGCCUCGUCAGGUUGCAGGGCAGCGACUGCCCCCUCCUUUUUUUUUACAUGCCAACGAAGGAGUGGACUCCAGGGCGAGGAAAUAUAGGUUUGUUUUUAACAAAGUAGCACUUGGGUACUGGUCUUGCUUUGAUUUUCUAUGCGGUAUCGGUAUACAAGUUGGGAAGAAUUAAUGAUUUUUUUGCUUGGGGGAUUGAGACUCUAUCCGCUUCAAAUUUACUUACAGUGGGCGAGGCAUUUGGGGUGGUCCCAGUUUUUAAGAACUCUUGGAUUGUUUGGAAGUUGUAACUUUCCUAAUGGUCCACAUCUACAUCGCCUUCCUUGCGGAAUCUGGACAUUGUUUCCGACUAUGGGAACCUCGCUUGAGGAGCCAAACUAUGUGUCACCGAAAUCCGUGAGCGGUCACAUUCUGGAGCCUGAUUUCGUUAAUUAGAUGUUAGCUGAUCAAAAUUAUUUGGCCAUGACACGAAUAUUUAUGUCUGGAUUAGACUACGUAAUCGAAUCCGUGGCUGCGAACAAACAAGAGGUGUGGCACUUUGGAGGAGACAAUUUCGCUCUGUUGAAGCACAGGGCCAAGGUGAUUUUGUCUUGCGUGCUUCCUAGUCCCCUGUCUGGGUUUACAUGGACGGGGUUUUUGCGUAUAAUCUUCACUUGCCCCUAGCCCUCUCCCUCCUUGCAACUCCUUGUCUCAGCAUCUCUGUCAUUACCUUGACAACAUUCUUUUUCCAAAUGAGAUCUAAGCCAAUAAAAGCCUUUCCUCACUUUUUUAA